CUAUCCCAUCUGCUACUCUGUCAACAACCUCUAAAAGGAUUUCGUCUGCAGAUUUACCCACCAGCUCUGUACCAGUCCCAUCCAUUGCACUACCUGGAAUGCCUGUGACAACACAAUCUGACCCUUCCCCCGUAACCUGCUCAGUGACUCCAUCGGUCGCACAUUCCGGUAUCGCCUCACACCCCAACAGAGCUGCUGCACACUCUCCAUCCCCUGCAAGAUCCUCAUCUGGUGGGCAGUCCCCCUCGACUGUACAGACCUCAUCAUCACGGAAACAGUCCAAUACACGGUCUCGAUCUCGCUCUCGCUCCAGUUCGAAAUCUCCAUCUGCUGGACAGUGCCGUGGCUCUAAAUCACCUGUGUCCACUGCGAUGGCCCCGCCCUCUGCAUCUCCCAAACCCUCUGCACCUUCCACAGAUCAUGCACAGCCACGACUGGCUCCCCUGACUACAUCUGUUACGUGGCCAUUGCCUGCUGCACCCACUACACCUCCUGCACUAUUACGUGCUUCAGCACAACCACAGCAACAAGAAAACAGACAGCAGAGAGUAGUGUUGCCGACACGUGGUUCUGGACAUCCUGAGCAUCCGGUGAUACCAGCCAAACUACAAGAUGGAGUCUUCAAGUUUCCAGCAUUCCUGCUUCUAACUAAUGCCCCUUUUCAUGCGCAAACACAACCUCCAGCAGCAGCAACCACUCAUCUGUCGGCACAGUCUCAAACCUCUGCCCCCGCAGAAACUCCUGCAGUGCCAAAGGAACAGGAACAGAAACAACAGUUGGCACAAACCGAAUCACCGGGAGGGGCCAUCAGCCAGUUGUUAGCAGCAUCUGCACUCAUUAGUCCCCCACGUGGCUCAACAGAGCCUAAGCAACAAGAGAAGAAGCAAGGGGAGGUGCAGACAAAACCCACAGGAACACAUCUCUGUCAAUCUGCAGCAGCAUGUUUGCCUACUGCCCCUCCACAUUCCCCUGCUCCAGGUAAGCAGCACGAACAGCAGCCACAAGUCCAACAUGAGCAGCAGAAAAAUAGACUGGAAGUGUUACGUGAUAAACUGUCAGCAAAAAUAGGCAGGCUACCAGCAGGCUCACCUGUAGGCACUGAUGAGAAGGGUGUCUCUGUACAAAAUGGUCAGGCCCACUCAGAGGCCGAUCAGCAGUUAACAAAUUCAGCAACUACCACUGCCACAUCACAUACAGUUGCACAGUCAAGUAAGAGGAGGAAAGAGCAACGGUCACACGCAGUUGUCGCCGAGCGUCCUGCAACUCCAGCUGAAUCCAGAGCUGCCUCUCCUACCUCACAGAAGCCAAAGCAGAGUAAACAGAAAUACUAUAAAGCAAGCUCACAAACUGAAAAGAGCCUUCGGAAAUCACCAUUGACAGUAACUUCCACUGCAAAAUCUUCCUCAGAAAGAGCUAAAAGCCAACUGUCUGGAGGGGCUGUGGAGCAGCAGCAGACCACGAAACAACCAGCACUGCCAAAUUCAUAUGACUCUCAAAAGUGGAAGAAGAAAAAAAAGAAGAAAAAAGAAAAGGAGGAGGAGGAGGAAAGUCACCAUCGAUCAUCAAAUAAAUAUCAACAGGAGCAGCUGUCACAAAAAAGAAAGCACUCAUCCAAGAAUACACGAGAAGCUGAAGACCUACCAUCACAGCCUGCUCGUACCCCAUCUUUACAGCAAAGUCAGGAGAUGGAGGCUGCGAGUCAGCACUACGGCAGCCAUUCGCAUCCAGCGAAGACAAUGUACAAAGUUAACAGAGGCGAGGCGGAGCAGCUGCAGGUGGAGCGUUGGCGCAACGUUCAGCAGGAUGCCGUUGAGCGUGUGCGGGUCGCUCUGCGAGAGUGCACCCAGCUGCCACAGCCACCGCUCCGUGACCCUGCGACAUCUCCGCCUAUACCAUCUGCCACCGUGACUACGCCCUCACCUCCCAUAUUGACGCCUCAGCGGCCAUCCGUGGGGCCGGUUCCUCCCGACUCUCCGUCCCCUCCUCCACCAAUGCUGCCACCUGCAAUCUCCACAAAAACCCGCACCGACCGCCCGCACUCCACUGGCCCACUUGUGCAGUGCACCACUCCUCCAGCGAAGGAGAAAUUGUCUCCCACACCGUUCCUCACGCCACCUGAUGGAGUUGACCAGCAGAAGUCCAGAUCCCAGCUGCCAUCCAAGGCAACGGCAGAGAGUGGUGAACGUCGGUUGCGCACUCCCAGCCCGGCGUCCAGCAUUGGCAGUGUAGACUGGUUCUCUGUGCCACACCGCAACGGCGUGCCUCCACGGAGGUACUACAACAGGAAGAGGCGGUACCUCGAUGUCAGCUGUGGUGAGGCCUCAGGAACGGACAGAGAAGGCAGUGAGGACAGAGGUGACAGUGCUGAGAGAAGUCCUUUGUCACUGCCGUCACCCAAGACACAGUCAUCCUGCAGUGCCCCAAAAUCUUCUGUUCAGGCAUCUGCAGCAUGCCUGGAACUAUUUCAGCAGUCGGUUCCCUCGGUGACUGCCCCUCACCGGUUGACGGCGGGAACUACCCUAUUGACAUCACGAUCUGCACGUGCUGCCCGCUACUUAUGCCGCUACUGCCAGCAGCGGUUCAGUGCGCGCAUCCUGCUGAGCCUGCAUCGCGUUAACGGGGCGUGUGAACUGCACCGCAGCCACAACUAUGCACGCAAUGGGGGUGGAGGUGACCAUCCGCAGGUCACAGAGCGUGAGCUGAUGCUGGAGGCGCAUGUGCGUCUCGAGCGACUCUUCGUUUGCCCACGCUGCUCGCGUGUGCUCUCCACCGAGGGUACACUCAAACGGCACAUAGCCCUCCGCCACGGACAUGACAACCCCCGUGACACACGCGCCUCUGUGCAGGUGCACUCGCAGGACUGGACACUAUCCCUGCCGCAUACGCCGUCGCCACCUCCCCUGUCGCUGCCACUUGCUGCCAGGUUGUCUGAUGGCAAAGACAAUGUGUUGGAAGCUCUGGGGCUUACCAGGAAGAGUUAAUGACUGUGUCAUAGCUCCAGAUGCUCUGUUGUUGCCUUUCUCAACUGGUUGCUUAAUACUCUGUGCAUACAAAAGCUGUGAGACUGCCAUAAUUGUUUUACUAUUCAUUUCUCACAUAUCACCUUCUCAGUAUAUAAAGCAGUCAAAAGUAGACCAUCUGUUGACUGUAGUCUGUCAGACUUUUUGCAUCACAUUUUUUUCUUCUAGUUGAUCUUUUUAGAAAAAAAAGAGAUCUGUGUUUCAUGAACUAAUAAUGAAGAGGUAUCCAUUGAUAUGAGUGUACAGAGAAACAAACCAAACUCCAUAUAUAAUCCUUGGACACAUUGUGGAGGUGGUCACUGGAAUGUUUUAGGUACAGUGGAACAGAAAGUUGAUUCAGAGACUUGAGAGAUGCCAGGGAGGUUUGGUAUUCCAGCUGUGUUUCUUACGGGUGUGAAUGUGUCGACUGACAAAGGAGUUGACCAUGCCAUGGAUUUGUUAUAAGUAGGCCACCUUUCACAUUCAAGACAAAGCACCAAAUGAUAAAUUUCUCACUUCAGAUGUUCUACAUCUCGCUUUCAAAUUGUCCUAAUGAUAGUGACUUUACAGCCUAAAUGUAGACUACUUGUCUUUGCUUUAGAAACCAUUGCAGCAAAGCCUGAGGAUAAGCAAAUGUUGAGUAGUCUCACCAGAACUCUUCUGAACUGGUGUGCACUGCUUGGCUUCAGUAAGAGUGAAAGAAAUCUCCCCAAGUCAUUUGACUGGACAUGAACUUUCAAUUCCUCACUCUCUGACUUCCAUUGUAGGUGCUCUUCAUGGUUAUAAAAGAGCCAACAAUAAAAUUGUUUGGUUCAGUGAACUACACUACUGCUCACUUGAUGGAAACAUAAUUGUUCUGAAGGUUAUAUCAUCUUAUUCGAAAUUUCGCCCAUUUCAUCAAACUUUUGAUGUAAGCUAACCACAUAAGCUUCCAUUGAUCGAGGAUCCAGAUAUCCUCCACUAAUUUUUCUGAAGCUUGGCAGUAGAAAUCACGCCUUAGUCUUGGAGCAACUGAUGAACUAAAUGUGCAAAAAUGCUGCUGCUGUCCAUGUAUUUUGAGAUAAAGUACAUUGCUGCCAUUGCUUAACUUCCCAUGCCUUAUAAUAAUCAUUUGGUUAGUUUUGAAUGUAUCAAAGUGAUAACAUUCUGGCACAUUGUCUCCAUUGGAUAUUAAAAUUUGCUUCAAUUGCUGUAAAGUUUCAAUUGUGAAGCCAAUUUUUAAAUUAUUGUGUAAUAUAAUCCAUCAAAAUUGAUGUAUCAUUUCAAGUUCACCCUACAUGCUGCUGUAGUAAUGUGUAAUUCUUAACUGAAUUGUCGUGACACUCUACUGAUGUCAUAGGGUUUGAUCACAGUCACACAACAUUUAUCCCUCUUCUUACGAGUAGAUCCAUAUAGUUUACAGAUCAAUGUACAUGAUUCAUUGGCUCUACCCUACAAAUACUAGCCCACAACUUGUAAUCACAAGCAGCACAACAUUAAUAAUUUAACACAAUACUCAAUAAUGUAAUGUAUUCAUUAAUUCUAUCAUUGUCAGCAGUGAUGCCCAAAUAAAUGUUAUUAAUUACUGACACUUACAAGUCCUGAAGUAGUAGUUUGGUCUGAUUCUGUUAUAUUCCAGUUACACAAAGUGAUUCUAUAAUACCUAAUGGGCAUAUAUGCUGUAACUCCUUAUAAAAGUUUAUGAAGUAGUCACGGACCCAAGCUUAAUGUACAUUCACCAGUGUGAAAUUCUGACUUGGGUAACUGGCUUGAGUUAGACUGAGUCUGACCUUCCACUGGCUUUUCCUUACCCUUGCAUGAUGAGGUUCUUGGCUAGUGUUAAGACAGCCAGCUCAGUCUGAUACUGUAUUGUACUGUUGGCCAGAAUUCACAAUUAUAAAUUCAUGCCAUGAAGGGUACUGUGAACAGCAGUGAUAUAGUACACACCAUAGCAGAAACUGCCUGGCAAUGAAAGUUAAAUGGGAAAAAAAUUAAUCCAUCCAAUGACAGCCAAUGUGACAAAAUGUUAUUAUUUAGCCAAUUUGCUGGGGCUUGGGACCCGAUUGCAACUUGAAUUAGAAAGGACAGCUAGGGCAACAAAUCUUCAGGGACUAAACUGUGAUCCUUCACUGUCUCCAUGAGAAAGGAAGCUAAAUUCUAUUGCCUAGUUAUUAUAAAAUUGUUGUUGGAUUUGUACAGAGGCUCAAAAUUUCACCUGUGUGUGUGUGUGUGUGUGUGUGUGUGUGUGUGUGUGUGUGAGAGAGAGAGAGAGAGAGAGAGAGAGAGAGAGAGAGAGAGAGAAUAUGAAUAUAUUCUUUUCCACUUUUCUGAGCCUUCAGUAUGUCAUCUGGGAUUUCAUCUUAAUGAUCAGUGAUAUUUUUCUUUCUUUUGCAAUUGUUUAUGCUCUCUCCUAGUAUCCUUUUUUUAGGGUUGAUAUUCUCUGUGUCCAGUACAUCUCGCCAAACUUGAGGUGGCGAAAUACAGACCACCACUUUUUACUAAGAAAUUAAGCACAGUGAACUGAAAUACUUUUGUUAUAAAUGUGGCAUAUAUGUUUCAGAAUAUUCACGUUACUUUUGUGUGUUCAUUCACGAUUUUUAAAUAUUACCGGAGCUCUAUACCAGCCCUACGCAUUCUUCAUUUGUGCCACCUAACAUUUAUAUGAACGUGAGACAUACACAUCAUCAUUUAAUAUUCAGAAUGAACAAUAAGUGCAUGAAAUUAGACUAUGCGAACAACCACAAUCAAUUACUUGGUUCACAUUAUAUUAGGUGUUUUAAUUUUAUAUAUUCCUUUCUCCUUAGAUGAUGAAUUAAUUAAUUUAUUAGGUCACUUGCAACAGCAGGACCAAUCUUGCUGUUUUCAGUAUUUGGAUAAAAACAUUUUAGUUUUACAGUGACAUGUUUCUUGUUAAAUAAAUGCUUUUAAAUGUCAUUUGUGUGUCACACGAGGAGUAAAUUUAUCAUGAGGUCCGGAGAAAAUUCAAGAUUAAAUGGUGUCACUAUGCGGUGACUUUGUUUAUGAAGCUUGAUUGAGUAAAGCUAUCUGCCAUGCCUUUUCGAUUUGCAGAACUUUGUUAGAAAUGUGAAGUACGCAAACCAAGAUUGAGAUCCCAAAGUAUUCUGGUCAUUCAGUUUUUUUGCAAUGGAAGACAGGAGUGGCUGCUGCUUAUAAUGUCCCAGAAACCUAAAAUUAAAGAUGAGACUAAAUAAUAUGAAUAAAUUGAUAACGUUUGUGAGAAACUAUUCAGUUCUUUCCUCCUCCUUUUUUUUUUUUUUCAGUGUACAUAAAGUUGUUUCCACCUUACACAGUCUCCAGUCACUGGGCUGCCUUACACAGUCUCCAGACACUGGGCUGCAAUUAGUUGUUUCAGUGAUAAGUUUUAAAUAGAGAUACAUUUUUUAAAGAAAGGAAAGGGAAGGAACUCCAUGACACUGGAAUAUGCAUUUGGUAACAGAAAACUAUUCAUCUACAGCAGAAGAUCCUGAUACAUCACUCGAACAGAUUUUCCUGCUUUGGGAGAUAAGGAAAAAAAUGCACCUGACCAGCUACACAGUUGUGGGCAGUACUGUGUCAUUGCAGUUGUGGUGGUUGGGGAUGUCAAUUCCUCUAAGCAACCUCUGGGGACUACUGUAACAAAUGUGAUAUUUUUAGCUAAUUCUUCAAUUUUUUGGCAAAGGAUUGUACAAAACAGACCAGUACAGCUUCUGCACUUUCAGUCUUAUUUUAUAAUUUACAGUGUUUUCAGGCAAUAAUAUUAGUUGUUUCACUCUGCUGGCAAGUACCCAUUCUGAUCAUUGUCAUCUCUCCAUGGAUAAGUGAAGAACUAACACUGGGAAAAAUUUGGCAUAUAAAAGAGAUGGAAAAAAGGAGCAAUGUGAAGAUUUGUGUUAAUCUGUGCUUUUAACUGAGAAGUGAGGUUCAUUUUUUUAAAUGUGUGUUGGAACAUGUGUAAGAUUGUGGAAACAAGAAAGAACUGACAGUAACAAAAAUAUCACCAGUCUUGAAGGCCUUGAACAUGAGAUACAAUUACUUAUGGAGCAUAUUGCAAGAUUUUUUUGAAAGCACUGCCGUUUUAUAAUAUUGUAUGGUCUUUUCAGAAUGACUGAUGUAUGAAUUUAUUAACAACUGUGCAAUCUUAUGGAGAUGACAAUGUGGUCUCUGCAGUGCCAAAUCCACAUUCUGAUCCCGAUAUUGCGAAAAUGUCAUCAUGAUUUUCAUACUAUGAGUGUAACCAUCAUGGAAUACAGUUAAGAGUUCAGGGAAAUUCACAUCCCUGCCAACAUUAUCAGGGAAGGUGUCUCGUAAUCUGAGCUACAUCUUGUGUUACAUGUGUACAAAACAAACAAAAAAACAAAAAAAUUUUAAAGAGAAUUGCUGUUAAUUUCCCAAAUGUAACUUGAGAAUGAAGUACAUUUAUAAUUGUUGUAAAUAAGAAACACCAUCUUUGAAUAAAUUUUUUAGCUAAAUUAAUAUA